AUGAGCGAAACACUGAUUGCUCUAUUGCUGGUCACUUCCUCGGCGAAAGGAUCCAGCCUGGUCUACCGUUGGCCUCCUUCACCCGAGUCUUCUCCCAGGCUCGCACGUCCAAAGCUGGACCACGACGUCACAUGUAUCUACGGAGACAACCCAUGGCGUGCAGCCAAUGGCUCCGAAAACCCACCCGAGAACAGGGUCUGUCGUGACACCCCUGGCUACGAAGAUGAAGGCUACCUGUGGCAGAGGCCAAGGGCGUCCCGUCAUAGGUCGUCGUCGGUGUCACAUUCGCGUUCGCAUCCGACUUCGAGGAGAGCAUCGCCAGCACCAGACAUGUCAGCUUCGUUCUCCGGUGGUAAUCCUGGGCUUCCUCGCGACGACGAGUACGACACUGUGCUUGGGUUUUCUGCAGAACUCCUCGCUGGGUUGCUUUGUCCUCAGAGCUCCAUGUGUCACCAGAAGUUCGAAUUCCUCGUCGAUGACUUGGCAUUCAUCGGACACCCCGUUUGUGCAGAGCCCGACGGCUCUUGGAGAUUUAAACCUGAAAAGUCGAAGCUCAUGCCCCGCGGACGAGGUUCAAAGAAGGGCGAGGCUCCUCAGCCUGCAGAACCAUCGCUCACGCCAGACAGGAUGGAACGCAACAAGCGGCCCCUCCCAGACUCAACCUGGCUCCAGACUUUCCACCUCGUCCUGGUACUUGACCGCCCGGACCCAUCAUCCUCUACAUCUGGAACGGUGUGGAAGUAUUUCGACACGAUCUACGAACAAAUCGCGUUCACCGUGACCGCUGUUCUAUACCAAGAACAGGUGUUACACAACUUCGUCGAGGACGAAUGCGACACUCUCGGAUCCCUCAGAGAUGAAUACUCCAAGAAAGGCGUACCAUUCGCUGAAUAUCUUCGGGAAGCACUCAAUGUGUCAUCGCUGGCGGCAUCCAUGAAGACCCUCUACGAGGCCAUGAAGGAGAGGUCAAUCGCUCACAUAGUCAUUCACGACCUACCACUUGAGCUACAGCUUCCCCCUUAUCUUGAUAACCUGCUGCAUGCUCAGGACGAAUGCGACUUCGACUUGUUGGACCCACGCAGCGAAGAUGGACUGCCCAACCCUUGGGGGAGCAUGAGCGUUGGCUGGCGACUGCCUGCGUUGAAGCCCUGGAAGAGUCUUCUCCGCUUGGACAACGAAGAUGAGCGUGGGGACGAUGAGCUCUACAGGAGGCUCAGGGCCCCUCAGCUCACAGCCGAAGACAACGAACUUGCUGAACAGCUUGUAAGAUUCUUGGAGAUCGCGAACGUCACUCUAUCGCUCGCGGACAUGGCUAGCUUGCUCGACUGGGAUCUUGAGUCGCAGGUCUACCCAACCGUACGUUGGCUAGUCCACCAUCGACGAGCCAAGGUGGUCGAUAUCGUUCACCCCGGCUUGAGAACCAUCUUCACCGUGCCUCCCAGAUUCAACGCACCGAUAUCCCAGUUGACCGCUGACUUCGACCACAAGUUCGCGGAAACCGAAGUUCCCCCUCUCCCAAAGAUACUUUCCAUGGUAUCCAUGUCAACACAUCAACAGAGCGCGAACCACUUUUACGGGGCUAUAGUUCAAUCGCGAGAGCGGAUUCCAUUGUACCACGACGUCGUCGUGUGGAUGCUCAAGCACGACCUCCUCAUCACUCUCCACCUGCGCAUCCGCAUCGUCGCCACGGAGGAGCUCAAGCAUCGCGUUCGGAUGAAAUACGAAAUGGCGCGCGCGAAGCGGGAGCGCAUGCAGGCGAGGACCGCACCGUCCGGGAAGGAGUCGAACUCGCACGACUCCCAGAAGACUGUGGAGUCGAAGGAGGCUCCGAGUUUCGAGACAGCCUCGGAGUCGAGCCCCGGUACGAAUUGGCUGUCGUUCUCGCCGAAGACUGCGAGGGCGCUCGCAAGGCGACAGUCUGUCGGGGCGCGCAGUCAGCAAAACACCGAGGAUCAUUCCGAUGUAGCAGAGAAGAAUGCAGAAGAUGGCUUUGAGGAAGACGUAGGUUCGUCAGGCGCAGAAGAUGUUGAAGACUGGUAUCGCGGCUAUGGAGAUGAUAACAACCCGUAUUCUUCUAUGAUCACUGACCCUGCGCGUGCUUCUCGACUAGAGAGACGCUGGCUGGCCGCUAUGUCGGAAGGCAAGGAUCCCUAUAUCGCGACACGUUUUGAGAAGAUCAACCAAUACUUCGACGGCAAGUGUACGGAUGAUGAAAUCCUCUUCAGAGCGGAUAUAUCCAGAAAACAGCUACGAGAGGUGCUGCAUCAUUAUGAUGAAUAUCUGCAAACAUUCCUCCACCCAUCAUAA